AUGUCGGUUCUAUGGUGUAGUGCAGCAGCAGCAGCAGCAGCAGCAGCAGCAGCAGCAACAACUCCUUUGUCUGUUGUUUCUUCUCCUGCAGCAGCAUAUGAUAAUGCAGCAGCAGCAGCAGCAGCAGAUGCUGCAGCAGCAGCAGAAUAUGCAGCAGUAGUAGCAGAUGCAGCAGCAGCAGAAGAUGCAGCAGCAGCAGCAGAUGCAGCAGCAGCAGAAGAUGCAGCAGCAGCAGCAGAAGAUGCUGCAGCAGCAGCAGAUGCUGCAGCAGCAGCAGAAGAUGCAGCAGCAGCAGCAGAUGCUGCAGCAGCAGCAGAAGAUGCAGCAGCAGCAGAAGAUGCAGCAGCAGCAGCAGAUGCAGCAGCAGCAGCAGAUGCAGCAGCAGCAGCAGAUGCAGCAGCAGCAGCAGAUGCAGCAGCCGUAGCAGAUGCAGCAGGUACAGCAGGUACAGCAGCAGCAGCUGCAGCAGCAGAAACUUCAGCAGCUGCAGCAGCAGCAGCAGCAGCAGUAGAAGGAGCAGCAGCAGCAGCAGCAGCAGCAGCACUGGGAGCAGCAGCAGCAGCUGCUUUCGCGCUUUAA